AUGGCAGACGAGGUGUACAAGGCGCUGAGCCUCCUCUUCCGCAUCGCCGCGCUCGGUCUGUCGGUCGCGGCCAUCGUUGUGAUGGGCACCGCGAGCCAGCUGGUCAUCGUCGACGGCAACCCCGAAUCCUCGAGCUACUCCGUCUCCUACAGCCAGUACAACGCUCUAAGGUACUUCGUGGCGGCCGGCGCGAUCGCAGCCGUCUGCUCGGCGGCGGCGCUGUACCUGCUCACCGUGAGUGCCGACGCCGCGGUCGUCUCGGUGCUGCUGGUGCCCUUCCUCGACGCCGCCACGCAGGGCUUCUUCUUCUCGGCGGCCGGCGCGGCCUUCGCGACCCGUGACGUUGUUGGCGGCACCGGCACGGCGGCUGGUUCGUGGGGAAGCAGCGCGGGAGGAGGAGGCAGCGUGUGCGACGCCGCCGGCGCGUUCUGCGGCAGGGUGACCGUCGCGGAGGCGGUCUGCGCGUUCGCGGCAGUCUCCGCCGCUGUCGCGGCACUGGCCAGGGACGCGGGCGACGGCAGCUCGGGAGGGCGGCGUUCUCACUGGUGA